AUGUUAAGAAGAAGUUCGGGCAAUAGAAGAAAUCGUCAUCAAAGAAAUAUGAAUAUGACACCAAACUUACCAAACCCACCAAACAUAAACUUAGCUGCCGUCCAGUUGCACGCAGACUUCUCAAACGGCAUGCCAAAUUUAUUUGAAUCAAAAGCAAUUGACGCUCAACAUCAAGAACAAUUAAACAUUGCCACUGAACUCUUCGAUG